UUUCUUUUAAAACUGCAAAGUGGUUGAGGCUGGGAUCCUCCUCUCAAGCUUUGGUAUCUUUAGUGAGACUGAUUUAUUCAUAGCAAAAACUGCUGAAUUAAGAGACGCUCCAUGGCAAUGAGGCCCUCCCACGCUCCAUGGACUCGACUUGGUUUUGUCUGGGUUUCUAUUUUCUGGUUCACCUUAACGGUCAGCAUUUCUGUGAGUCAGUGUGAGCAGCUGUCCACUCAACCCAAGGUGUCUAGGACCUGUGGUGAAAAUGUGACCCUGAAUUGCAGUGCCAAAUUAGCAAUGCCGAAGGAUUCAAAGAUUGUCAAAUUUGACUGGCAACACAAAAAUACAACACUGUGCCAGUUCAUGAACAAUACAUCUACCAGCAAGACUCAGUGCAAGUUCAGUAACACAACAGUUGAACUCACUCUCUCUCUGACCAUCCUCGACAUAAUCCCGUCCGAUGAAGGAGUCUACCACUGCAAACUGCACUCACUGGGUGCAGCCGCGAAUGGGCAGAGCCAUCUGAGAGUUGGAGACUGUUUUGGAAAGCCUCGCAAGGGUAUAGAGCCUGACCAAUGCUCCUUUGAGAAAGUUUACCCCAUUGCUGACAUCCACUGGUUCCAGGGAGACGUAAACCUCACAAAUGGCACCGAAACGAAACAAAAUGUGGACGACAAUGGAUAUUUCACUGUCCAGAGUACAGCUCCCCUGGAGAAAGGGAACGAGAGGCUGCCUUAUAACUGCUCACUGUGGAUGCCUUCUCUCAACACGUACAUCUCCAGUCGCCUGGUUUCAUCAGGGAGCACAGCCCAACUCCAAUGGAUCUGCAUUAUUAUGGGGAUCUGGAUGAAGAUUAUUAUCAUGUAGAAAUGCAGGCCCUUUGGCUAUUGAUUCAGAUUUUUGAAAAAGAGCUACUAAUUGAGAUAAGCAGUUCUUAAUGCUUGGGGAUUUAUGGUUGUGUGCAGGUAUUUCUUUUGGGAUUUUGGGAAAUUUUAUGUUCAGGUGUGAAUAUUGAUUUAUUAAUUUGUUUUGUAAAGGCAAAGUAGAAAUCUCAUAUAAACAAAACUAAAAAGAAACAAUGAUAUAUUUAUGACUGGCUCAAACAGUGGUCACCCUUCAAACUUUAAAUUACAACACAGACUUUUAUUUGUAGCACGACUUUCCACUGGGUGGCACUACUGCGUUAUUGUUCUGUACAAUAACGAGGUGCAAGACUUAUUACUUUUAGAUAACUUGCAGUUUCUUGUGGUGACAUUUUAUAUGUUGUGAAGUGCACAAUUCAGAGACUGAGGUCCAGACAAAAGUCAGGGAGCAAAAACAAUCUUUAAUACAUCUCCAGAAGGAGAGCAAGAAAUAUACUGCAUUAGGCACAAAUUAGGAUCCUCUCUGAGGAACUCAGAGUCGCAUAGUUACUUUAUUCAUCUCUCUCUACUACCGAGGUGGAGACUCGAUCUUCGAAGACCAAACAAAAGAAACAAAGAAAAACAUACGAAACCUUGUACGCUCAUUCACUGUAAUGUCUAUGGGAGGUGAAAACUAAACACUCUAUCUCCAUGCAGGGAAGGCCACGGGAAAAACGAGUUCCCAAAUAACUGUCUGUGGAAGUUCAGCAACCCUGGAAACUUACUUCAGUAGACACAUCAUGUUUCAUUAGUUUGUACACCGUUUCCACAGAAAAACACCUUGACUGUGAUUCAAAAAAACAUUACAUUUAUAUGACACAAAGGAACAUCAUUUAAUAUGAAUAAAACCUCUUCACAAUGUGUUUGCCAUAUGUGAAAAAAAAAUAUUUCCAAACACUGUAUAUCGCUGUGAAAAAGUAUUUACUCCAAGAGGUUUCACCUCAUCCAUUCAAAGUAAAUUGAAAGACAAAAAUGUCCAGAGAAAAAGAAAAAUCUGAUUUUCAUGAGUUUACUCUAAUGAUUAAGGGAAAAUAGUCAAAAUGACUGAAACAAGAAUUAUGUCAAGAAAGCAAAAGUCGAUUAACUCAAUAAGAGAACGAUACAAUUGCAUGGCAAUUCACCUUUCAGCCACAACCAGGCAGUGUUUCUCAUAAAUUUGGCUCAAUGAUACAAAAUGCAUAACAGAUUCAAGAUCACUUAUUAUGAUUAAAUAGAUUUCUUGAUGUGUUUUGCAGUAGUUCUCAGUGUAACUUUUAUUUUUCUCUAACGGUGAGUUGUUUUCAUUCAGCAGUGAAUACAUGAGGUUGAGUGACGGUGUUGACAUCAACAAAUAUGUAAAAGACAUAUUCUUUAUAAAUGUUACGUACUGCAGCUCUAAAUGUUGACCACAUGUAUUACUUUAACUGAUGUGAAAGGUCACAUCUAUCAUAUCUCUUUGCUUUUGUUGGCAAUAUCUGACUCAAUAUAUGUGACAUCAAUGUAAAAACUCUGUUUAAUUUACUGGGGAAAAAUAUGGUGGAUAUGGUGCAUGCUUUGUCACUAUGUUGCAUAAAACUGUGAUUUUAUUUUUAUUACUUAUUAAAAAAAAAAAACAAUGUCCAAAACAUA